AUGUCCCCCCGACAUAUACGUCACGAGUCACGGAGGCACACUCUACUGUCCAUCAAGCCCUUGAACAGCGCCGCUACUGCGGUUCUUAAAAGUCAUCACAACAGGCGACUAGUGUCUAUGUUACCGAACGGUGGCGCUGUCUUGAAUAUUGGCUUUGAAAACUAUUCGAAGAACUCCAAUACCUUGGCUACCUUUGGGAGUGAUAACGCUGAUAUUUUGGUGGAAAGGCGUGAUAUAUCCCCUACCCAGUGCUCAUUCAAGGUCAAUUGGGAUACUGGAGUUAUCAUGCUUCGGGAUCAUUCUGUUGAUCAAAGCACCCAUGUCUUCGGUAGGGAUUCUAUACCGUUUCGCUCCGGCUCGUCACGUCAGAUUGCCGUUAUACAUGGACUCAACUCAAAAAUCGGGCUUGGCGGCGAAGCCCCAGGCGCUGUGCAGUUCGAGAUGCUGUGGCAUGAUUAUGCGGCAGAAACGAUAGCCAAGGUCUUAGCCAGAGGUCUUAGGGUGGGCCAUGCACCGCGACAUGUUGAUAUUCCUAGUACUAACCAGGGCGAUCGACGACGUCGAAUUCGGCAUGUCAAAAUAGGUGCACUCGGCGCCGGCGCGUGUGGGCAAGUUUUUAAAGCCAUCGAUGUUGACACUGGAAGGAUGAUGGCUGUAAAACAAGCAGGAGAUAAAUCAAAGAUGGAACCACAGCUAUGGCGCUUCCAAUAUGACCUUCUGUUGCGCGAAGCAAAGGCCCUCGCCACGUUAGAACAUCCGCAUGUUAUACCAUUUAUUCGGUCUCGUAUCUGGCCUGAAAAAAUUGAAAUGUUUGUAGAGUUGCAACAGGGUAGUGUGGAGGCUUUGAUGUCUAAGCGUCAGAUAAGCACCCUCGAUAUCUGUGAUCGACUAUUGCCGCAGAUCCUUUCCGCUCUUGACUAUCUUGCCUAUCAGAAUUUGAUUCAUCGAGAUGUCAAACCCGCAAACAUCCUUUAUUCAAUCCAGUCCAAUGGCAGGUACCACUUCUACCUUGCUGAUUUCGGGCUUAUUGACAACUUUGGUACGACAUCUAAUAUCGGAACUAGGGUAUACUUUGCCCCUGAAAUCGUUCUCGGGAUGCCGCAGACAGAUCGAGUAGACGUAUGGGCAUUAUUUAUGACGAUGAUGUGGGUGAUGGAUGUCCACGGGUUUCGUCACCUGGAACCCCGGCUCAGGUCGCCUGUAGAGGCCCAGCAGCUGGUGGAGAUGGCCAAAAUGGAUCCAGUGCUGUCAAGGAUCCAAGAAAUGGCUGCUUUUGACCCUUCUUGUCGAGCUUCGGCUGCACAGAUGCUUGUGAGGCUGUUUUGUGGCAAGGGACUAACGACCCCGAUCCAUAAGGUUAUUUAA